CAAAGUUCCAUUUUCGUUUCUGUGCAAGCAUACAGACAGUAUAUGCAAUUUAUAUAUCUGCAAGGGCGUAGGUUUCGUUUUAAAGUUGGUAGGGACAUAUUGCAAGGAUACAAUUUAAAAUGUUGGAAAAAUCGAUAUAUUAAAAGGAUUGGACGUAAGAUACCAAUGGAAAUCCGCCCCUGUAAUAUCCAGAAAAUUCGUCGUCUUUUUCUUUAAAUUUUACAAAGAACUGUGAUUGGUACAUCCUACACAGCGCUGAGAAAAGUAACAGGUGCCACGUGACAACACCGUUCAUGAGCCUGUUUAGAAGAGAGAAGGACAGGAUAUGGACGGAGAAUCAGACACCGACUCUCACAGUGAAUCUGAGUCCGAGUGGGAAGCGGAGAGUACAGGGAGCAGCUCGGGAUCUGACUGGCAAGGCGAGAAUUACAGAGGAAAGAAAGCACAACGAGGGCAAAAAAGGAAGAUGAAAACACAAAACUGUAAACAGACAGGAUCAUCUUCCAGCAAAAAGAAACAAACCAAAGACUCCAGACAAUCUGUGGGACAGAAAAGUAAAGAAAAUUCUCAGCUUCCUGUUACAUGUGGGGAUAAAGAGGGUGUCUUAUACUUGGAUAAAUUUCAUAACACGGAGAAGUGCAUCUUAAGUGAAGAGCAGUGGCUUAAGCCUACAGAGUUUGAGAAGUUUGGAGGGUUGUGGAAGAACAAAAAGUGGAAGUCCAGCAUCCUUUGCAAUGGUAUUCCACUUCAGACACUUAUAGAGGAUGGAUUUAUUUCAUCCCCAACCUUUAGGAAAAGUGGGGUUCAGGAUAGACAGUGCAGGACUAAAUUGUGCCCCUCCAGCAGGUCAGAUCGCCAAAGCUCUGAGGGAAGGGGCAAUGGUCACUAUGAAGAUGAGGACAACGGCAGUGAUGUUGAUGGUGCUAUCGACUUGACCAUGUUCGAAGGUCCUACCCUACCUGUUACCUGUGGUUCUGACACUGGCGUUCUACACAAGAAUCGUUUUGCAUCUGGGCAUUGUGGGAAAUGCAUAAGAACAAAUGAUUUCUGGCUGACCCCUGAGGAUUUUGUCAGACUGAGCAAACCGGAAGGAGUAUGGAGGAAAGACAUUGAGAUGCAUGGGUUACCCCUUGGAAAACUUUUAAUGAAGAGAGUUCUGGUACUACAUAUGAUAAACUGUGAAUGUGACAUCUGCCAAGACCUGGAUCAAUACGCUAACGAUGACGUGUGUUACGUGUGUAACUCUGAGGGAGAUCUGCUGUGCUGUGAUGAGUGUCCAAGAGCUUUUCAUCCAGGUUGUCAUUUACCCGCUGUAGAGUACGAUUCACUUGGAGGCCAAUGGAGCUGUACAUUUUGUGUGAUGAAAAAUAUGCAAGUCUUCAGUCAAAAGACCCAAAAGGAUGUUUUGAGCAGUCCUGUUUCACAGUAUAGACUGUACUGCCGGUUUUUGCUUCUAUACCUGCUGCACGAGAGUACAGCCAACCCCAACAAUAAAGUUCCAGCAUACAGCAAGGACAUUUCUGGCCCCAUGAUGCUGGGCAGAGCAAAGCUGAAUUUAGAGAAUAAUGAUUACCAAACUGUGGGAGACUUUUUUACAGAUAUUGAAGAUGUUUUCCAAAACUGCACCUCCAACAGGGAUAGUGACUUCCGUGGUAUGACCCGUAGGCUGAAGGAACUGUUUAAGAGGGAGUUCAAAAGCAUCUUUAAGAUCGUAUAAUAUCAUAUCUUAAGCAAUAUUUCCUUCUUUUAUACCUAUCGGUAGAUUUUUAGUCUAUUGAACAGAAAGAAAUAAAGAAUAUUGAGGGGCCUGGUUAACUCAGCAAGUAUUGGCACUGACUAUCAACCCUGAAGUCACAAGUUUGAAUCCAGGGUGUGCUGAGUGACUCCAGCCAGGUCUCCUAUGCAACAAAUUGGCCUGGUUGCUUGGGAGUGUAGAGUCACGUGUGGUAACCUCCUCAUGGUCGCGAUUAGGGGUUCUUGCUCUCAACGGGGCACGUGGUAAGUUGUGCGUGGAUCGCGGAGAGUAGCAUGAGCCUCCACAUGCUGUGAGUUUCCUCGUUGUCAUGCACAACGAGUCACGUGAUAAGAUGCGCGGAUUGACGGUCUCAGAAGCGGAGGCAACUGAGACUUGUCCUCCGCCACCUUGAUUGAGGUGAUUAACCACGCCACCACGAGGACCUACUAAGUAGUGGGAAUUGGGCAUUCCAAAUUGGGAGAAAAAGGGAUCAAAUAAAAAAAUGUAUAAAUAAAAUAAAAACAAAUAAAGAAUAUUUACACAAAACGGUGUGAGUAGGUGAACAUAGGUGUGGACAUUUGUAAUUAAUGGAACAUGGGGUUUAUGUUUUGUUCCCUUUCAAGUCGGUCAUGAAUGCUGCAUCAUAGCUGACACUAUGGGUUUAUACCUGCAGGUGUAGCCAGUCACUAAAAUCUCACCAAUUUUAAUUGACAGAUAGCGCUUUGUGCUCCGCCUCCCUCGUGUGCAUCAGCAGGCGUAUAUUACCACAGUGCUAUGUCUUCAAAAUUUUCUCCUUCAGGGUACCGAUAUUCUCCCUCUCGUACUCCGCUGAGAUUUGAUUUUCUUCUACUAGAAUUGCCUUUUAGACUUGUUUUUUUCUACCCCCUGUGCUGCUCUGGCAAUAAUGGAUAAUAACUUUCACCAUUGGACAGCAGUGUUGGAAUUUUCCCCCCUGUGUACAGUGGGUGGACGAGACAUCUUCACCCCUUUCACCGCAUCACAGCACAGGGAUUGUUCUAUGCCUUGUGGACCUCAAAGGAAAGUAACAUUUGGAUUAUUGAUUUAUUGGAUUGUAUUGGAUUAUUUUCUGCAAGCGUAUAACAUAAGUGCUACAGCCUGAUUGUGUUUGUGUGUAUCUUUAUACUGUGCACAAUCUAAAAGAACAGUUUACUUAAUGAAGUCUUUUUAAAGAUGGCGUUUCGUAAAUAUUUUCGGCCGUGUGAUCGGUAUAUCCACUUGUCUGAUGGGCACGAGUGCUAUGUCCUUUACCUGGGUCAAGCUCACGUAGAGGCGGCUUUAAUGGGUCAGAUUGCACUCACUGCAAGCCAAUGAGACUCAAAAUGCUAUGCUUUUGGCUCUCCCUCUUUCUGAGGGAUGAGUCUGGUCCCUUCCCCUCCCAACAUGCUCCUUCUGUGGCACCCUAGGGACCACAUGAGGGAGAUGUGCGACAGCUGGAUAAGUUUGAGGAGGAGAUUUCGCUGGCACAAGCCUCGCGUGUUUCCUUACCACAUCCACGAGCAUUUUCACCUGUGGAGUAUGCCUGUGAUGACCUGCGCCCUGUUAUUGGUUACAGGUCGGCGGAUCAGGCUGGCUCGUGUUUGCACACCAUGGUGGUGCUGCAAGGCUACCAGGCUGCUCUGCUGAGGGAAAUGUACACAAGCUGGCCGGAUCCCGAGUCCUUGACGGAGAUGUGACGUGA